GAGUUUUGUGAAGAGUUUGUCGCAAAUUUGUACGAAUCAUAUGUUUAGGAAAUAAUAUUUUAAUGAAAGCGCGAGUGGAAUAUUGAAUAGGCGGUGAAGAGCAUGGAAUAUCAUUAAGUGUCAUCAGAUUUAUGAAGAAGAUUAAAUGGUGGUAAAAUACUUAUAGAUAAGACACAGAAUCAUAAAUCACUAGAAAGAAUUAAAACUAUGAUAAUCGUGCAAAAAAUUACAGGAAAAGCGUGCAAAAAUGUAAAAGUGAAGUGGAUAAAUUUUUUUUGAGUGCAAAAGGAAGUCUUGAAUGCUAUUAACAUGAGAAAUCUACAGCCGGAAAUAAAUUUCGUAUUAUAAUUGGAUUUAUUGAAAGAUUUAUCGUUCGUUACUGACACUUUCACACAGGAUAAUUUACAUAAUGAUGCACUGAUUAAAACAUUUCGAAAACCAAUUUUUCAAUUAGCAAUUAUGAAUUAAAUUUGCAAUUGUACUCACGUCGGCGGUUAAUAAAUGCACAGUCGCAUUAAAAAACCCCACACCAGGAAAAUUAAAUGCAUUAAAACUGAUAAAAAAUGAAAUUGAAUUCAGAAAAUCUUUGUUUGUUCAAUUUCAUUUAUAUUGUAAUAUUUAAUACCAUAAUGAAUAGUUUAUACGAAUUCACACUGGCCGAAACUGUUGUUGCUACUGGAAUAAUAAAUAAUGGAAUAAAAAACGAGAAACCCUAUUUUGAAGAGAUUCAUCCGCGAAACAUUUCCACAGCAAUUGAUGAUACAGCAAUAUUAAAAUGUGUGGUGAAAAAUAAAGGAAAUCGUACGGUAUCAUGGAUGCGAAAACGAGAUCUUCAUAUUUUGACAUCAAAUACUUUUUUAUACACUGGAGACCAAAGGUUUUCGGUAAUUCAUCCACAAGACUCUGACGAGUGGAAUUUGAAAAUUGAAUAUGCACAACCUAAUGACGCUACAACCUAUGAAUGUCAAGUCAAUACGGAGCCAAAAAUUAAUUAUGCUGUUAAUUUGUCCGUAAGAAGUGUGGAUCUUAAAAAUAUUUAUGACGUACCUGAACGAAUUGAAGCUGCAAAAGCAAAAAUUAUUGGAUCACAGGAGCUUCACAUCAAGAAAGGUUCAACAAUAUCUCUUAGCUGCACGGUCAAUAUUUAUGGAUCUGCAAUUUCAUGGUUCCAUGGAACGUCAAUUGUACAGUUUGAUUCAGACAGAGGAGGGAUAAGCUUAGAACAAGAAAAAACAGAAACUGGCACAACUAGUCGUCUACUGAUAACAAGAGCAAAUUUUCGAGACAGUGGUAAUUACUCUUGCGUUCCCAUUGGAGCAAUCUCAGCAAGUGUGAUUGUUCAUGUUCUUAACGGAGAAAUUCCACAAGCUAUGCAAACCAGCGAUGCUGUGCAUCCACCACGUCCAACCUUAUUCAUUUCUCUUCUAAUAUUAAGUACAUUCUGUAACUUGCUAAGUAUACAACAUAUCACGACUAAAGUAAUUACAUUUAUCCUUGAAAGGUGAUUAAGAAUCUAAUUUUGGAAUAUUCCAAAAUAUAAAAAAAAAAUCAUUUAAAGUGAAAAAAAAGUGUUAAUUUGAAAUGAAGAAAAAUUAGAUAAGAACAUUGUGAAUCAGUAGUUAUAGAAUUUUGUUAAAUUUAG